CCGCGAAUUUCUAACCUCAGUACGUACCGGGCAGCGGCGCGUGUGCAUGCCCCAGAGACUAGCUCACUUUCGAACAGAACUGAUGCACCGAUCGGUCGGUGCGCGCAGUGACUUAGGAGAAAGUGCCAAAUAAUCCGGUUUGGCGAAGUGUUUUUGUUUUGCAAAACUUAUUUGAAUACGCAGAAACACCUGCUGGUGUCGAUUAAAUUAUUUAUUGGACUGUGCAAUUGAUUUAUGGUGUAGAAAUUUUUGGCUAUUAAAAAGAAGAGAGUUGCUGUCAAAUAACAUUGCAUGGAGGAAUGAAAUAUGAAGUGUAGUGUAGUGAUAGUUGGCCACUAUGCAUGGAUUGCAUAAAAAUAACUCAGAAUUAAUCAAAAAUGCAGUUGGAGAAAGAAUAGUGUGUGUUUCUUAGACAAGACAGUUACGAAUUUUAGAAGAAAAUUUUUAAGAAUGGAGUCUGAGUUGAAAAUAACGAUAGCGGCUUUAAAGCAGACCCUGCUGUCGCUAUCGGUCUCGCUCUCCUAUUUCUGCAUCGGACUAGUCCGCGGUUAUUCGGCACCAGCGGUUCCAUCGAUGAACGAAAUAAAUCCAGGUUUGCUGCCGGAUAAAAACAUUGCCUCAUGGGUGAGCUCCAUUCCACCGUUCGGUGCUUUCUUCGGCAGCUUGUUGGCAUUUCCUUUGAUGCACAUAAUUGGCCGAAAGUAUACCGUACUACUAACGUCACCGGUUUGGAUUGCCGCCUGGGUUAUGAUAGCCGUAGCCGAGGAUUGGAAAACUCUGCUGAUCGCUCGGAUGCUGUCCGGUUUCGGAGCCGGACUGACGCUACCUUCGGCGCAAAUCUACGUUAGUGAGUGUAGCGAUCCGAAAAUCCGCGGUGUCAUUGGUUCGCUGCCCGCGCUGUCCAUGUCCGUUGGAAUCCUCGUUACCUACAUUCUAGGCAAAUAUAUCGAAUGGCGGUUAUUGGCGUGGGUGUGCUGCGGUGCAGCCUGUUUCCUAUUCAUUGCUGUGAUCUGUUGUCCACAAUCUCCGGUGUGGUUGAAGACGAAGAAGCGGUAUGAAAAAGCACACCAUUCUGCUAAGUGGUUGCACUUGCAAGGAUUUACGUUUGAUCCAAAUGCUCAGGAUAUACAGAAGGCUGCAGUAAACGGAGCGAUGACUGAGCGAAAAGAGCGCCCACAUUCACGAAAGGCUCUCUGUCGUCGGGUGGUUUUGAUGCCGCUAGGUAUCGGGCUGGCACUGUUAUCGAUUCAACAGUUGAGUGGAAUCGAUGCGGUUAUUUUCUUCACUGUGGAAAUAUUCCGUUCUGCGGGAAGCUCUCUGGAUGGGCACUUGGCAACCAUCAUCGUAGGUACCGUACAAGUGCUUAGUAAUUUUUCCGCUUUGUUCGUAGUGGAUCGUGCCGGUCGGAAACCAUUGCUGAUAAUAUCCGGAGUUAUUAUGUCUUUAGCGAUGGCUUCGAUGGGGGCAGCUUUCCAUCUGAAUUCUAUAGGGAAUACUUGCUUCGGAUACCUGCCAGUGGUCAGUCUUAUUACCUUCAUGAUAGGAUUUUCCCUGGGCUAUGGAUGCAUUCCUUUUCUGUUGAUGGGUGAACUAUUUCCAACAGCUCAGAGGAGCUUGCUAAGUUCCUUGGCUGGAUCAUUUAAUUUGGCAGUGAUGUUUGUUGUAAUCAAAACCUAUCAUCCUUUAGAAGAUGCCAUUUCGACAUCGGGAACUUUCUGGAUGUAUAGCAUUCUGUGUGCUAUAGGGGUGGUGUUUGUGAUGACAUGUGUUCCUGAAACGAAAGGACGAGAUUUGGAGAGUAUCCAUAAGCUGUUCGAAAAGAAAACUACGGCUUCAAGGAAGGACAGCGGUGUGGAGGCUCACAAUAAGCAAGGCCAUGACAAUGUUGCCAUGCGCACCGAAGACGAAAUCGUACAAUGUGCUGACAUUCCGAAAGUAGAUACUAAGUUAUAG